AAAAAUAAAUCUACUAUAGAAGACUUGAAAUAUGUUUUAGUCUUGAAAAAUAGCAAGGUAAAAGCGACGACACUGUUCAGGGAAGGAACAAAAAGGCAUUCUGGAGCUUCAAAAUCAAAUGGGGCGUUCUCCCAAACCUUCCAUUUCUCGGUAAAGUACCGGUCUUUAGCUUCGUCUCACUGUGCACUUGUUGCUGUGGUCAGGUUCAGAGAUCUUGAGAUUAUUUUCUCCCUCUUCACAUUCCAAAACUGAGUGCGCUUGAAAUUUUGAAGUGUAUAAAUUUCGUAUCUUUUUUUGUUCCUCCUCCAAAACUCAACCCCCUUGUGCUCCUAAUGCUAACCACCAAAAUUUCCUGCAAAACAAUGAUGUGGGUUUUCUACCCCAAAAUUUGGUGACCCCUUUUAUGCAGUCAUUACACAUGAAUGCAGAACCUUUCACUUUGUUGUCACUUCUGUGCAUAAGGGCAAAAUCAGCAAGCAUGUGGUAGUUUCUUCUGCACUCAAUUUCAUUUUCGUCUUUUAGAAGUUGGGAAAUAUGGCGUGGAGGCUUUUAGCAUUACGCCCUCUCACUAAAAUUCACUUCCACAACAUUCUCUCCUCCAAUUCCUCAUUUCCAAAAACAAGAAGUUUGCUUCAGUAUUGAUUUACACUGCUGUAGCUUGGACUAUGCUGUGUGCAAGGUUCGUGGUCAGGAACCUAUUCUUUAUCAGCUCCAUUAUAUGAAAGCAUGCUCUAUCCUGGGAAACAUAGGCUUUCAUUCAUGUCCAUUUCUGAAGUAUAGCAAUAAGGUUGUAGAGAAACAGUAUCAGGAUUCUGAGAAGGCCCCAAGUGGUAAUGAGGGUGAUGGCAAUGCCAAAGUAAAUAGGAAAAAAUUGAAGGGGAAAAGAGCAGUUGUAAGAUGGCUCAAGUUCUUUCGAUUUAAGAAGAAGAAAGAGUAUGAAAGGAUGACAGCAGAGGAAAGAAUUUUAUACAAAUUGUUGAAAGCUCGAAAGAAAGAAGAGAGACUUUGUGAAGCCCUAAAAAAGAUUGAGCCUUCUGAAUCUUCAGAAACAACCCACGAUCCUGAGAUAUUAACACCAGAAGAACACUUUUUCUUCUUAAAGAUGGGCCUUAAAUGCAAAAAUUAUGUGCCAGUUGGAAGGCGAGGAAUUUACCAAGGUGUAAUUUUGAACAUGCAUCUGCAUUGGAAAAAACAUCAGACUUUGAAAGUAGUGGUGAAGACAUUUUCAGCAGAGGAGGUUAAGGAAAUUGCUGUUGAGCUGGCAAGAUUGACUGGAGGUAUAGUGCUUGACAUUCAUGAAGAUAACACAAUAAUAAUGUACAGAGGGAAAAACUACUCCCAACCACCAACAGAGAUUAUGUCUCCACGAGUGUCUCUUUCGAGAAAGAAGGCAUUGGAUAAAUCUAAAUACAGGGAUGCUCUCCGUGCUGUGAGGAGACAUAUUCCAAGACUAGAACAAGAACUUGAAAUUCUGCAAGCGCAAUUUAAAAGUGCAGCAGAGAGUAAUACAUAUGCUUCUGACACAAUCCAGAACAUUGACAGAGAGAGAAUUUCAAAUUUUCAGUCAGAGAAUUCAGAUAAACACCAAGAGUUGAUGGAUGAUAACACUGGAUGUACAGAAGAUGAGACAGAUAUGGACUCUGAAUUGGAUUCUGUUUCUGAUAACUUAUCAGAUAUAUUUGAGACGGAUUCGGAUGUAGAGAAUUUCACCAAAGAGGAAAAACCUCUUUAUUUGGACGAGUUUGAUAAGUUUCCAGAGCAAAGCGAUGGAGAAACAAAUAAUUUUGAGGACCAUCUACGACAAAUGUCUCUAAACUCAAAAAACAUGCAAAAAGACCAAGACUUACCAAAGCUGGAUGAAGUUGAUAAGAUUUUUCUGCAUGCCACAUCCUUUCUAAAGAAAAAAACAAAAUGAGAAAUUUGCAAAACGCAACAUACUUAUAGAAAGUAUUUACAAAAAUUACAAAACGCAAGUAGCCUUAGAGAAAUUACGAUGUACAACAAUGAAUGGCUUUGCUAUUGAUUCAUUCUUUAAAUUA